AUGUCGCGUUCUCUCCGCAAAGCUACCGGCGUCAGCGCAAUCUCUCCUUUAACAUUUCAACAUCUGAUUUGUGUUCAAACCCAGUGGUUUUCAUCGAGGUAUGCUUAUUCAACCUCUGCCAAUGGGCAUUCUUUCACCGUCUCAUAUCUCAUUGACACCUGUGGCUUAUCACCCAAACAAGCUGCUUCAGCUUCUAAGUGUGUCAGCUUCGAAACGCGGGAUAAACCUGAUUUGGUUAUCAAUUUCCUUAAAAGUCAUGGAUUCUCUCAGCCCCAGAUUAUUCGCUUCAUUACUGACACCCCAUCGUCUCUCCGAUAUGAUCCUGAGAAAACCUUUCUGCCCAAAAUUGAAUUUUUUAAAUCCAGAGGCUUUUCGAGCUUGGAUAUCCCUAAGCUCAUAUGUAGUUAUCCUAGAAUCAUGUCAAGAAGCUUAAGGAAGCAGCUCAUUCCUUCCUUUAACUUCUUUCGAGAUGUGUUUCAAUCUGACGACAAGCUCAUUAAAACUCUUCGAAUUUACUCGGGCAUUCUUGUUGAUGCCAACACAAUUGCCCGGCCUAAUAUGGAGCUAUUGCGAGAAGCAGGAGUUCCUGAAUCAAAUGUCAUCAAAUUUUUGCAAUAUAAUCCUAGGACAUUAACUGCAAGUCCUAAUGUGCUUAAGGACAUUGUGGAAGAAGUGAAUAAUAUUGGGAUCAAUCCUUUGAAGUAUCAAUUUCUUAUGGCUGUUCAUGUGUUCUUCUGUCUAAGCAAAUCCUCAUUGGCAAAGAGAGCUGAUGUUUAUAAAAAGUGGGGUUGGUCUGACCAUGACAUUCUUGUGGCAUUUAGAAAGUUUCCUCUCUGUAUGGUAGCAGCAGAGGAUAAGAUCGAUGCAAUAAUGGAGUUUCUUGUCCAUAAAUUGGGCUUUGAGUCUUCUACUGUUAGCAAAUAUCCUACAGUUUUUACAAUGAGUUUCAGAAGGCGAAUAGUUCCGAGAGGUGCUGUCAUUCAAGCUCUGUUGUCAAGGGGUCUAAUGAAAAAGAAAACAUUGUUAACAAAAUUUGUAUAUAGUGAAAGUUAUUUUUUGAGGAAGUUUGUCCUUUGUCAUGGGCAGGAAGCUACUGAAUUAUUAGAGUUGUAUCAGUCUAAACUGCAUCUUGCAAGGCAAAUGAAGAAUGGAAAGGUUUGUUUAGGUGAGUUGAGUCUGAAGGCUAACUUAGGCCAGGGAAGCAUCUCUUCUUCUUUCCAUUUUUUUAAAUUUGCUAUGGCUAUACCAAGAAUUAAGUUCAAGACCCCAACAGAGUCACAGAGGAGCUCCAUUGUUCCAGAAAGGGGGAGUACUUUCCCAAUUCAAAAACAUUCCGAAGACAAUGAGGCUGUGGUAAACAUUGUUAAGAGCGAUCGGUUUUCGGAAGCACAUUAUCAACGCAACCUCUCCUUCAAGAUUUCAACAUCUGCUAAACAAGCUGCUUCCGCUUCUGAGCGCGUCAGCUUCGAAACGCGAGAUAAGCCAGAUUUAGUUAUCAAUUUCCUGCAAAAACAUGGACUUUCUCAAUCCCAGAUUGCUCGUUUCAUUAGACAUGAUCCAUUGAUUCUUCGAUGUGACCCUGACAAAACCCUUCUGCCCAAGAUUGAGUUUUUAAAAUCCAUGGGUGUUUCGAGCUCAAGCAUCCCUAAGCUCUUGUGCAGUUCUCCUGCCAUCAUGCGGAGAAGCCUAAGCAAUCAGCUCAUUCCUUCCUUUGAUUUCUUCCGGGUGGGUUGGUCUGACCAUGACAUUCUCGCGGCAUUUAGGAAGUACCCCUUUUGUAUGACCGUGGCAGACGAUAAGAUUGAUGCAGUAAUGGAGUUUCUUGUCCACAAAUUGGGCUGUGAGCCUUCCACCAUUAACAAAAAUCCUUCUGUUUUGGCAUUGAGUUUGAAACGGCGAAUUAUUCCCAGAGGUGCUGUCAUUCAAGCUCUGUUGUCAAAGGGUCUGAUAGAAAGAAAAGCAUUG